AUGUCCACUUUCCAGAGUCCGUAUUUCCAGCAGCAGUUGGCCAUUGCGGUGCAAGCCGAAAGGGUGCUGGCAGUCCGCGACAAGUUGGUGAAGAGGAGCCGAGAAGCAGAAGAGUGUCGAGAGUACAUUUCGGCCCUAACGCAGCCCAGCCACCCGGUCCGUGUAACCCGGACCGGGUACGUUUAUAAACGAUUAUCAGACCCGGCGGCCGUGAACCAUUCUGCCGCAUUCGAAAUACUCAGUGCCCCAACGGCCCUCGAACUCAACCAGAAGGAACGAGCGGCGCUUGUGCGUGAGAUCGAGGCGCUCAAGAAACAGCAGAAAGAUGAACUCCGGAAACUAGUCGACCUGAAACCCGACUUCAACGCCAACCCGGAACUCCGAUUCUUGCUCAACCAACGCGAAGAUGACGAAAGCUCCGAUGACGCAUGA